AUGUCUUCAUUACAAUCUUGGGAAGAAAAAGCUGCUCAAAAACGAGCAUCUCUUUAUAAUUUAAUUCCACAAGGAUGGAGAUUACCUGAAACAAUUCUAAAAAAUCCUCCGAAGAACUCAACAUUAGUUCCAUCUCAAUGUGGAAUACUUUCAAAACUUGAUCUUGAAAUUACAGAAAUUGAUGAUAUAGAAGAACUUGCUCAUCGAAUUGCUAAUGGAAAAUAUACUGCAGUACAAGUUACUGAAGCUUAUUGUAAACGAGCAUCUAUUGCUCAUCAACUUGUCAAUUGUUUAGCAGAAAUAUUAUUUACACAAGCUCUUGAACGAGCUCACUAUCUUGAUGAUUAUUUUAAAUCCACAGGCGGUAAGACAAUAGGACCACUGCAUGGUAUACCAAUUAGUUUUAAAGAUCAAUUCAAUAUCAAAGGUAUUGAAACAGCAAUGGGUUAUGUUGGAUAUUUAGGAGAUAUUUCAGAAUAUAAUUCAUUUAUUGUUGAUAUUGUUCUUUCUCUUGGAGCUGUUUUAUAUGUCAAAACAACUGUUCCACAAACGCUUAUGAAGGGUGAAGCUGGAAGUUAUCUUUUAGGUAUAACUUUAAAUUCAUUAAAUCGAGAAUUUAGUAGUGGUGGAAGUUCUGGCGGAGAAGGAAGUUUAAUUGCUAUGAAAGGCAGUAUUUGUGGAUUAGGAACAGAUAUUGGUGGAAGUAUUCGAUUUCCAUCAGCUGUAAAUGGUAUAUAUGGAUUAAAACCAUCCGAUGGAAGAAUUCCUUAUGGUCGAGCUAAAACUUCAUUAGAUGGACAAGAAUCUGUUCCAAGUGUCGUUGGACCUAUGACAAGAUCUCUUUCAAAUAUUUGUUUAUUUCUUAAAUCAAUACUUGAAAAAAAACCAUGGUUAAUCGAUCCUAAAGUUCAUAAUAUUCCAUGGAGAGAAGAUUUAUUUCAAGAAGGACAAAUGGAUAAAUUAUGUUUUGGAGUUAUUCAAUUUGAUCAAGAAGUUCAUCUUUCUCCACCCGUUCAAAGAGCUAUUAAUAUGGCUAUUAAUGCUCUUGAAAAAGCUGGUCAUCAAGUUAUUGAAUGGGAUACAACAGAUCAUCCACAGGCAAUUGAAAUGUUAAUGAAAUUCUUUCAAGCUGAUGGUGGAAAAGAUGUUCAAAAAGCUGUUGAUUUAAGUGGAGAACCACUUAUUUCAGGUGCUUUUAUUGGAUCACCAGAAACGGAAAUAAGUGUUUAUGAAAAUUGGCAACUGAAUAUAGCUCGCACAAAUUAUGCAAUUAAAUAUCUUGAGAGAUGGAAUCAAACUAAAGAAAUAACUUCGACAGGCCGACCUAUUGAUGGAAUUAUUUCACCUAUUUUUGCAUUACCUGCUUAUCCUCAUGAUUAUCGAACUAGUGGUGGAUAUACUGGUAUUGCUAACUUACUUCAAUUAAGUUCUGUUAUUCUUCCUGUUACCCGAGUUGAUUUACAAUUAGAUCAAAUAACUGAUGAAUAUCGUAAUAUGAAAAUAGCAAGUGAAUUCGAUAAAAUAGCUAGAGAAACCUAUAAAAGUCCGCAAAUGUUUGAAAAUUGUGUUAUUGGUUUACAAGUUAUGUGUAGAAGAUUAGAAGAAGAAAAAGCAAUUGGUAUGGCUAUGGUUUUAGAGAAAGCACUUAAAUUAUAUCAAUAA